AUGGAGACCGCCAAGUAUCUCGGAGUCAGCGGCGCCGCCCUGAGCAGACUGCAGCUCGCGCUGAUUGUCGCCCCUGCCUUUACGCUCUUCGGCUACAACCAGGCCGGCAUCGGUGGCCUUCUGAGCGAGGAGGAUUGGGUCAAGACGUUCCCCGAGAUCGACGUCGUCAACGCCGUGGGAGCUGAGAAGAGCAGAAAGUCGACGCUCCAAGGCUUCGUUGUUGCGACCUUUGUCAUUGGCGCCCUCAUCGGCUCCCUGUCGUGUUCCUACACUGGCGACAAGUUCGGCCGCCGCAAUGUCAUCUUCUUCGCGGCCAUCUGCUCGCUGAUCGGCGAGACUAUCGAGGCUUCCUCUUUCAGCCUUGCCCAGUUCAUCGUCGGCAGAGUCAUCAUCGGUCUCGGUGUUGGCCAGCUCAGCUCCAUCGUCCCCGUCUGGAUGAGUGAGACAUCCGCCGCCGCAAACCGUGGUCGUCACGUCGUCUUGACCGGACUGUUCAUGUGCCUGGGCUACACCCUCGAGUCAUGGAUUGACCUGGCCUUCUUCGAGUUCAAGCACGGCCCCGUUACGUGGCGCCCUCCCGUCGCCCUCGGCAUCGUUUUCUCCAUUAUCGUCAUGGCCUCUGUCUACGCUCUCCCCGAAAGUCCCCGUUGGCUCGUUCUCAAGAGCCACUCGGAGGAGGCUCGCCACGUCAUCUCCGCCCUCCGAGGACUUCCUGGAGACUCGCUGGAGGUUCAGGCUGAGCUUGCCGGAAUCGAGCACUCCCUCGAGGAGACAAGCAAGGGUGGAGCUAAGCUGCGUGAUAUGCUCAAGAUGGGCGAUGACAAGCUUCUCUAUCGCUUCUGUCUCUGCAUCCUUUUGCAAUUCUUCCAGCAAAUGUCUGGCAGCAACCUAGUCAGCGUUUACGCCACCGUCCUUUUCCAGAACAACCUUGGCAUGAGCAGUGAGAUGUCCCGUAUCCUCUCUGGAGGUGCCCUGACCUGGAAGUUCUUGUCCUCUUUCCUGGCAUUCUUCACCAUUGAUCGCUUCGGACGUCGAGCUGUAUUCAUCAUCAGCGGUGUCGGCAUGUCUGCUUGCAUGGCUGCUCUUGCCAUUACCACCUCGUUUGGUCCCGACAACAGGGCUGCUAUGAUUGCUGCUGGCUGCUUCAUCUACCUUUACAACACCUGGGUUCCCAUUGGUUUCCUCGGUGCCAACUUCCUGUACUGCACAGAGGUCGCGCCUAUUCGCCUCCGAAUGGCCAUGUCUUCUAUCUCGACAGCUAACCACUGGCUUUGGAACUUUGUUGUUGUCAUGGUCACUCCUGUGGCAAUCGAAAACAUUGGCUGGAGAUAUUACAUUGUUUUCAGUGUUAUUGCGGCUUGUAUUCCCCUCUCGGUGUACUUCCUUUUCCCUGAGACCAUGGGCCGGAACUUGGAGGAGAUUGAGAUGAUGUUCAAGGACUCUCCAUCGGUGUGGGGCACUGUCAGGUUCGCAAAGAACCGACCCAUCGCGAUGCCUCAAGAGUUCCUUGCCAAGGACAAGGCCGCCCACCUGGAGGGUCCCCUGGAGUCUGACGACUGA